AUGGGCGAAUCCUACCACUGGCGCAUGCAGCUUAACAACUACCUCCAGAGCAACGGAGGUUCCAAGAUAUUAACUUGGGAUGUGUACCAAUCUGGCCCACAACACCAGCCUGUUUGGACAGCGAUCGCAUACAUACGAGGGGUUGAAUAUGGUAGGAGCAUGGGCUCCAGCCAAGGCGGUGUAAAAGAGGAAGCAGCUCGCCAGACGUUAGCUGCCCUCUAUCAAGAUCGAGGUGCCCGGAGAUGA